UUUGUCCCUGCCCGGCUGCCGUCAGAGAGGUGGAUCCAACCAACUGUCAGAUACAACUUCUGCUUUCAAUGCGCUGCACUGAUUUGAAUAUGAAGUAAAUGUCAUAGCUCGGUGUUUCUGCAGUGACAGCUGCACACAGCUACCCGGCUUAACAGAGCUGCAGUCUCACAAAGUCUCAGCGACGACGACUUCAAACCGAGAGUUGGUUUACUACAAAUAACAAGGAAAACGUUAAUAUACUUCGGAAAAAUGUUGAUAAAGAUGCCUUCACUGUCCUCUGGAAUGGAUAGUCUGAAGUAAUGGAAAACAGAGAGGAGAGCCCUGCAGACGAACAGGCCCCUACUCCUCCAGAGCGAGGCCUGCUCCACACAUGGCAGUCAGCGGGCCCCCCCGCGCAGCUCUGUCCGGGGAGAGUGCUGCUGGCCAGGCCCGUCCUGCAGGUGGCCCUUGGAGAACACCAUGGACUCCUGCUCACACAGGGUGGACAGGUGUACUCUUUUGGAGAGUUGUCAUGGAGGGAUCUGAGCGUCCCGGUGUCUGCUCCCCUACUGGAGGCCUCUCUGAUGGAGAGGGUGGUGGUCCGUGUGGCUGCCGGUGGUUUUCACUGUGGAGCACUGAGCGAGCAGGGCAAUGUCUACAUGUGGGGGGAGAACACUGCAGGACAGUGUGGGCUGACUGAGAGGGACACAGUCACAAACAUCACAGUUUCAGAGCCCUGCCCGGUCACAGUGGUGGACAGCGAGGCCGUUCCUCCAGCAGGGGUUCGGGUUGUGGAUCUGGCUCUUGGACGGGAGCACAGCCUGGCUCUGUCGGCCCAGAACGAGCUGUGGGCCUGGGGCAGCGGCUGCCAGCUUGGACUGGUCACCAGUACCUUUCCUGUGUGGAGACCUAAGAAGGUGGAGCAUCUGGCAGGCAGACAUGUUAUUCAGGUGGCUUGUGGUGCCUAUCACAGCCUGGCCGUGGUUCGCAGUUUACCUGCACAGAAGACCCAGAAUCCUUCUGAGAAGAGGGAGUGGGGUCAGUCACCUCAUUAUUCAGUGACUGAAAGGGAAGAGCAGCUUGCAGUGGAUGCCGGUCACUACUGUCCGCUGGGGGUGGAGCUGAGUGAAUUCAUGACAGGCGAGAUUUUUCAGCCUUCGUUGAUGCCCCUCGAUGGUUUGCAUCCCCAGAGCUCUCCCAGAAGAAGAGGCCCCAGACGAAGGCUGCAUCCUGGGGGAAGGUCAGCUGGCAGCAGUCCUGGCUCUGCAACCGGUUCAUGUCCAUAUUCUGAAGAUGGCAAAUCUUACACUAAACAGACUAAUCUUGCAUUUGGGCACCCUCUCAGUGAGACUGACGGCAGCCCAAAGUCUCACCGGCCCUUAGGCUGGAGAGCCAAUAAGAACUCUGCGUUCUCUGAUGGAACGGAGAUUAAUAACCUCCUUCAGAAACUCUCCAGUCAGCCCUUGGAGAUUCACCAGAGCACCGGCCCAGGAGACACUGACUCACUGAGCAGUUACACUUCAGAUGACAGCUGUGUUUCCUCGACUCCUUCCACGGAUCUGUUGACUUCCAGUUACAAAGAAGACUCGCCAAUUAAGGGUCAAUCCAACAAUGGAGUGGCUGUGGCGUACUCCUCCUCCCCAGUGUGUUUGGAAGAAGUUCGGCUCUGUCUGGAGGCGGAGAAACAGGCACUACAGGGGCAGAAGAGCACCAGUCUCACAAAUAUAAACCAGAAGGGGACCCCAGCAGCCAGCAGGAGACGCUCCCUGCCUGGAACACCCACCCGUGGGUCUCCACAGCGACGGAGGCCUUGUGCCUGCAGGCCGUCCUCCGCCGGUCGGACCCAGGCCGCGGCCCCGGAGGAGGCUGGAGCCGGGCUGCCCUCUCUGGAGACAGAAGUGUGGAGCUGGGGCCGCGGGUCGGAGGGGCAACUGGGCCACGGAGACCAGCUGGCCAGACUCCAGCCUCUGUGUAUCAAGCCUUUGACCGGCGAGGAGGUGAUCAAAGUUGCUGCAGGGUCCCACCAUUCACUCGCCCUCACCGCCCACUGCCAGGUGUACUCUUGGGGCAGCAACAUGUGUGGACAGCUCGGUCACGUCAACAGUCCUGUCACUGUACCUCAACAGAUAAAGCUGUCUGAUGGUCUUCGGGUUUGGGACUUGUCCGCGGGGCAGAGCCACUCCCUCCUCCUGGCUGAUGGAGACUGUGUGCAGCCGGUCCUGUUGUACUGCGGCCAGCAGCAAGAGCAAACGUCAGCCCAGAGUGAGAAGUCACAGCAGGGUCAAAGGUCAUGCCAGAGGUCACCCAACAGAGCCGAGAGUUACACAGUCAGACCCAGCCUGCUGCCCUUCUGCAUGGAGAUGGGUUACAUCAGCAGCGUGUGCAGCGGGGGUCAGCGCUGUGCGGUGCUGGCAGACCAGAACAUCAUGGGAUUCAUCUCGGCCAUCCAUGAGCUGGCCUCCAGAGAGAGACACUUCUACUGCUGGCUGAGCAGCGCUAAGAAGCUCCUCCUCACUCCGCUGCGGAAUAAAGAGAGUGUGUGUCCUUCGUUAGGUGAGCCAUGCACACACCUCUUCUUCUCUCUCUGUGAGAGUUUUGUUCGUCUGAGCGUCCUGAUUGGCCGACACUCCACGUCACUAAGCUACUUCCUGCUUGAAGUGCAGAGCUCUGACGUCACUGCCCUUCCCCUGCUGACGCACACUGAGCACUUUAUGGACAUUUAUAAAGAGUAUUGUUCUUCAGUAGGUAACUUUGAGGUGAUGGGUGGAUUCCGAUCACUCCAUAAACUCUCACUUGAGUGUUUGGGCUCUCAGCAGACGGUGCUGGCUCAGCUGUGUGCAGACCAGUCCCUCGGUGGUGACGUUGAUCUGGUUUCUGUGUUUUACCGGCCGCUGCAGCAGCUGCACCAGUACAGCCGAGUCAUGCUCAAACUGGCAGCCUGUUUCGAUGUGUUAACUACAGAGUAUCAGUUCCUCCAUCAGGGCUGCAAUCAGUUUGACACCCUGUCCUUGUCUCUGUUGAGGAAGAAAAAGGAGGCUGAAACCACCUUCCUCUUCUGGAAGAGCCACUCUGGAAAAACUACAGAGGUCCUGCGCCUCCCUCAGCGCCGCGUGGUGUGUGAGAGCAGCAACAGAUCUCUGACUCUGCAGAACGCCGGGCGGUUCUCCAACCACUGGUUCAUUCUGUUCAACGACACACUGGUGCACACACAGGGUGCCAUUCCCUCUCAGAGCCUCUUCUCCACGCAUCACAUCUACCCUCUGAGCUGUCUGUGGGUGAAACCAGUUACUGAAGACAGCAGUGGACAUUAUGCCAUCAAGAUUACAUGCCCGGAGGAGAGUUUCACCCUGGUGGCUUCAACCCCACAAGAGAAGAAUAAGUGGCUGCGGUCUCUUAACCAGGCGGUGGAUCAGAUGCUGGGGGGGGCAGGUCAGGGGUUGUCUCCCGGGCUGACAGCGAUGUCCCGCACGGCCCCCUACACGUUCACUGGAGAGGGAUGCUUUAAAGACGCCCAGUACACCGGGGCCUGGCUGGCAGGGCGACUUCAUGGCAGAGGCACCAUGAAGUGGCCAGAUGGACGCACCUACAGAGGGAACUUUAAGAAAGGACAGGAGGAAGGCUAUGGAGAGUGUUUAAUACCUAACAAAGUACUGAAUAAGCCAGACAGCUACCAAGGACAGUGGAGAGAUGGCAAGAUCCAUGGCUUCGGCAAGUACAAGUAUGCGAGUGGCGAGGUGUACGAGGGCUGUUUCUGUGACGGACAGCGCCACGGUUACGGCAUGCUGAGCUCCGGUAAACUGGCCAAGAACUCCUCCAGCGUUUUCAUUGGCCAGUGGGUCCAUGACGGGAAGUCAGGAUACGGAGUCUACGACGACAUGACCAGAGGUGAGAAAUACAUGGGACUGUGGCUGGACGAGCAGCGCCAUGGCAACGCUGUGGUUGUCACUCAGUGCGGUGUGUACUAUGAAGGGACCUUCAAAGACAACAAGAUGUGUGGUCCAGGUCUGUUGGUGUCAGAUGACGACACAGCUUUACAUGGGGAGUUUUCUGAUGACUGGAUUGUCAAUGGGAAGGGGGUUUUAUCCCUGGCUAACGGGGACUGUCUGGAGGGCCAGUUCAGUGGAGAGUGGACCUCCGGGCUGAAGGUGGUGGGAACGUACACCAAACCCCCCCCAGAAGAACCAGAAAACAAAGAGAGGAGCAGCCUGCUCAAAGUGGGUCAGUACGUGGUUCCUGCAGCUCAGAGGUGGCUGUGUGUAUUCGAUGAGUGCUGGAGUCGGCUGGGCUGUGAGGCUCCGGGGAAAGGAGAGAGGGCCACAGCCUGGGACAACAUCGCCGUUACCAUAACAACCGCACGACGACAGAGCAUAGAUCUCACUAGGUCUCAGAGUAAAGUGUUGGAGUGUUUGGAGUUCAUUCCCCAGCAUGGAGACCCAGUGACCACCGCUAACUACGACAACAUACGAAGAUACCUCAGCAAGGCGUGUGAGACCCCCCACCACCCUCUGGGCUGGCUGGUGGAGACCCUGGUGACGGUCUACAGGAUGACGUACGUGGGAGUGGGGUCAAACCGACGGCUGCUCCGGCAGGCGGUGCAGGAGCUGCUGGCCUUCCUCACACACUUCUACAGCAUCGUCAGAUUUCUGUUUCCGGGGUUACCAGAAGAUGGCGGCAUCAUCCCAGACCCUCCUUCCUCUGCCUCUGAAGGCAAACACAACUCUAACAUAGCAGAGCACGUUGUUAUGGUGGUGAGCUGCUCCUCGCUGCUCCUCCCCCAGCUGCUCCCCCGUCUCUACCCCCCCCUCUUCACCCUGUACUGCCUGCAGGAGGAGCAGGAGGAGGCUCUGUACUGGGAGCGCGUCCUCCGACUCAACAAGCAGCCCGACCAAUCACUGCUCAGCUUCCUGGGAGUGCAGGAGAAGUUCUGGCCAGUGUGGAUGUCAAUCCUUGGAGAUAAAAAGCAGAUUGUGUCCAGCAGUAAAGAUGCCUGUUUUGUUUCUGCUGUUGAGACUCUUCAACUAAUCAGCACCACCUUCACUCCGUCAGACAAACUCCUCAUCAUCCAGAGGACGUUUGAGGAGAUGACCCAGGAAGGGAAACCUAUGCUGGAUGGAAACUUCCUGUGGUGCAUGGACGACCUGCUGCCUCUCUUCCUCUAUGUGGUGCUCAGGGCGAGGAUCAAGAGCCUGGGAGCUGAGGUCAAUCUGAUAGAAGACUUGAUGGAUCUCAACGUACAGCACGGAGAGAUGGGACUGAUGUUCACCACGCUGAAGGCGUGCUACAUGCAGAUCCAGCAGGAGUCAGCUAUUUAAGAGCAAAGACACCGGACAGUCAACAGAUAGAACAGCCAGGAACACAGGAGCUGUAACAACAGAAGAGGGGGAGAGGAGAGGGGGGAAGGAGAGGGGGGGAGUGAUCCCCGGCACCUCCCUGUGGAUCCCUCAGUAUGUUUCAGAACGCCAAAGCUCUUUCUUGUUCAUGAAAGACACAUUUUCACAGGAAAGUGACACAUCGCCCUCUUCUGCACAUGUUAGAAAACUGCACUUUAGUCUUCAUAACAUUUGGUAAGAUGCACUUUUAACUAAUACAUCAACUCACAUCUCACAAUUGUCUUACAAAGGUGUAGCAACAGUGCAGUUUUCAUUACUCCUCAGUGUUUUUCCUUUAAGGGUUAUUCAUUAGACACACCUUGAUGUCAGUGUUCUGUGUAUGACUCAAAGCAAAGGGAACUGACAGACCACGUCUCUCAUGAAGUCUGAAAUAUGAUCAGAUUUUAAGGAAAACCUACUGUAAGAGGCUCGUAGCUUAAAAUGUAAAACAAAUGAUGUAAAUAUUAUUUUAAUGACCAAUCACUCCUCAAAGGGAUCUUUUGAUUUCUGUCUUCCCACAUGUUGAAUUGAACAGUAAAUGCACUGUUGUAAAUAUCAUGAUUAAAUGAAGCCUACAGCGUACAACUGCCUACAGUAAACUGAAUAUGGGAACUGCAGUUUGUAAAGCAUGGACAUAUGAGAGAGAAAAAACAGAACAAAAAUGCUUUUAGGCUGCGGCUUUGCAAAAAAAAAAAAAUUCCUUGCACCUUAGAAUCUUUAUACCAAUCGUAGAAUUUGAGUAUUGUGACGAUUUAAUGACUUUUCUCUAAGCAGUGACAGGAGACAGUUAAUACUGCCCGCUCAGUCAGUGAGCAGACUGGAAGAAGGGUUUCUCUUUUUAAACAAAACACAACUCAAAUUCGAUCAAAGUUGGUAGGUUUUAAUGUCUGUGUGAACACAGGGCAUAUGGCUUGGGACACUAAUGUUUCAGUUGUGUUUAAUUUGUCUAACUCCAAACAAUAGUGCCCGGGUCAGAAAGCUUAAUUCCAAUGUGACAGUCGGUUUCUGCAAACGUAAAUUAGAGGAACAUUUAUACAUUUGUUCUCUACACUCCAUUUCAGUAGCAUCCCUUCUCCCUGCCUAAGCUAGUUUUACAUAUUUAUUUGGAUUUCCAAACAUCACAUUAUAAAGUCUUUCAGUUUAUUUUUAUGAAUUCCAUUUUGAGCACUACAACCCAAACGGCAUGCUGCUGCUUCAUGUUGAAAGUCACCAUGAAG